CAAAUCACGUAACGUAUUGAUGUAAUUGAAAACUAUUAAACGAACUCCUACAUUUAUAUAUUUUGCUAUAUUUUGUGCAUGUACUUGUGUUCCUCUAUUAAAAAAUAUAUUUAUUAAAAUCUCGUGUUGAAAGCGAAAUCUCCUGUUUUUUUGGCUACAUUCCUACUGUUGACAGAAAUUUCCAUCUGGCAACACUGUAUGUGAAUCUAAAAUCUAACCUUUUCAAAAUUAGUAAUUGGUAUGUGUAUUUUUUAACAGUUUUACGUUUAUGGUAAUUUGGAUAAUUUGCACAUAAGAAGUCAAUAAAAUGCCAUACGCAAAUCAACCGUCGGUCCAUAUUACUGAUUUAACAGAUGAUAAUUGUAAAUUCUUCAUUGAAGACACUGAUUUAAGUGUUGCGAAUAGCAUUCGCCGCGUCCUUAUUGCUGAAACUCCAACGCUAGCCAUAGAUUGGGUUAAAUUAGAAGCUAAUUCAACUGUUCUCAGUGACGAAUUUCUAGCUCAUAGAAUAGGUUUGAUACCUCUAGUAUCUGAUGAAGUGGUACAACGUUUACAAUACCCGAGGGAUUGUAUUUGUACUGAUUUCUGUCAAGAAUGUAGUGUAGAGUUCACUUUGGAUGUUAAAUGUACCGAUGACCAAACUAGACAUGUAACUACAGCUGAUCUAAAAUCCAGUGAUCCUCGAGUUAUUCCAGCCACUUCAAAACAUCGCGAUGAUGAAUCUUCGGAAUAUGGUGAGACAGACGAAAUUCUUAUAAUUAAGUUGCGUAAAGGUCAAGAACUUAAAGUGAGAGCAUAUGCAAAGAAAGGUUUUGGUAAGGAACAUGCAAAGUGGAACCCUACCUGUGGGGUGGCCUUUGAAUAUGAUCCUGAUAAUGCAAUGAGACAUACUCUGUUUCCAAAGCCUGAUGAAUGGCCAAAGAGUGAAUACAGUGAACUGGACGAUGACCAAUAUGAGGCACCAUUCAACUGGGAAUUGAAGCCAAAUAAAUUCUUUUUUAACGUGGAGUCUGCUGGAUUAUUAAAACCAGAAAAUAUUGUGAUAAUGGGUGUUGCCAUGCUGAAAGAAAAACUGUCUAAUUUACAGACUCAACUCAGUCACGAAUUACAAAAUGAUGCCCUAGCCAUAUAAGUCCAUUAGUUUUAGAUUUUGGUUGUAUUAUGCUUUCAUAGUUAAAAUAAUAAAGAGUAAUCAAUUUUGAAUGUA